AUGCCCGAGACCACCAAGGUCGUGCCUCUUACCUGCCAUGGUCACUCGAGACCCGUACCCCACAUCCACUUCUCGUCUCUUGUAGACGAAGACCAAUAUUACAUUAUAUCGGCAUGCAAAGACAACAACCCCAUGCUGCGCGAUGGUAUAACUGGUGACUGGAUUGGCACUUUUCUGGGCCACAAGGGCGCAGUCUGGCAGGCGAGACUGUCAUCCAACGCCUCGCUGGCAGCCACAGCGUCAGCUGAUUUUUCUGCGAAAGUCUGGGAUACCCAUACUGGAGAAGCUCUGCACACCCUCGCCCACAACCACAUUGUCCGUGCGGUCGCGUUCCCCAACCAGCCUCACCCUCAGAUUCUCGCGACAGGUGGCAUGGAAAAGAAGCUGCGCAUAUACGACUUGUCACGCAGCGAUGCGACAAGCUUUGAGAUUGGCGCCGGAGUUCAUACCGGAACCAUCAAGUCGAUAGUGUGGACGUCCGACCCCAACAUCAUAGUCACGGCGGCCGAAGACAAGAAGAUCCGUUGGUGGGACCUGCGACAGGAGGCAACAAUUGGAGAGCAUGCGGUAGAAGGCACAGUGGGUUCAUGCGAGUUGGAUAACACUUCCUCGGAUGGAAUCUUGAGCGUAGCUGCUGGAAACAGCGCCUACUUCUUCAACAGUCUAUCGCCGGGCUCCCUCAUCAAGAGCGUCAAGACACCAUAUGAACUUGCCAGCGUAGCGCUGCACAAUGGAGAGCGGAAGUUUGUCACUGGUGGUAGCAACCAGAACGACACUUGGGUCAGAGUGUGGGACUUUGACGAGGAGAAGGAGUUGGAGACGAACAAGGGACACCAUGGCCCUAUUUGGUCAGCGAGCUUCUCGCCCGACGGGAAGCUGUAUGCAACGGGCAGUGAAGAUGGUACGGUCAAGCUCUGGAAGUUCACAACAGGACCGUACGGCCUGUGGAAAUAG